AUGGACCUUGGACGCCUGUAUUUGACUGUUCAUCCGUCAUCGAAGUAUCUUGGGAGGCGUAUCCUUGUUGCCUCAUCGUCUUUUGUUGGCUACGGUGGCGACGCAUUCGCAAGCCAGCAACAAGUGAUGCGUGGAAACGCGGUCCACGAUGAGACAUCUGCACAUGUAUCCGAGAACGAAGGUGAAAAUCGCCCGAUACCCAAAGUGCAGCAGCCACGUCGCCGGAGAAAAACAUAUCAGUCGUCAAUGGCGAUAUCCCCUGAUGCGGAGACCGAUUCCAAAGCAUUAGAGCCGUACGAACGAGCUGGAGCCUCUCAAGUGCAACCGGUCACGGAUCAUCAAGUGUCUCGUUCACAGAGAGCAGCCGGGCAGCAGCUGGCGCGGCAAGAAGAUGAAGACAACCAGCAGAUACAAAUGCAUGACAAGGGCGACGAUUCGGGGCUCAAGCUGCGACUGGAGCUGAAUCUUGAGAUCGAGCUCGAAUUGAAAGCGCAGAUACAUGGAGAUCUUACACUAGCGCUCCUUUCCUGA